CACACACACACACACACACACAUCUCAGACUACUUGGUCCACACAGAGAUACACACAUUGAUGAUGACACACGAUUUGAUUGCUCAUUGUAUCUGUUUUAUGCCAGUCAAGUCAGACACGAGGGAAAGGAGAGUGUGUCUUGGCACAAGCUUUUUACAUAGAAAUCACUGACAUUCACACUCUUGACACAGUUGCACACCAUGCACUGUGUGAGCAGAGGAGGCUGCUACCUGGUGAACUCCUACUGUGAUCUUCAGGAGGACAACCAGUGCAAGAAUGAGAGCUACCAAGCAUGUUGGCUGAGCCUGGUCCUUGAAACGAGACCGCAAUACAAGCUGACCGUGUCAGAGACAGACAGCAUUCGUAGAGAGAGUUACAAGCAGCAACAGGUGGUGCACUUCAUGGUCGAGAGGAGUCCCAGCCAGACACUGAGGCUGGGCAGUAACAGCAGCAGAGCCAUGACAGAGCACCAGCUACCCUUCUUCAACACCAGCUGGGACCUGCAUCACACCACCACAACCACCUUUGGGUGCACAGAGCAAAAGCCAGUCAUAUUAAGGAAGGGUGGAGUGGAUAAGCAGGAGGUGACUGCCGUAACUCAGGACCUCAGCAAGCCAGUCAGAGUGAACUUCAGAGCCUCGAGCCUGAUGUCCUCACCAAGGGAAAUCUCUCAUUGGGUGCAGAGGAGGGAGUGAAGCAAGGAGGUAGAGGGUAUUUAAAAUCGCAGUUCAGAAAAUAUAACAUAGUUUUUGUUAUUGUAAUUUACAUACUAGUAUUACUAAAUUAAAAUGUACUUCUAAAUUGAAUCAACUAUCUAAACUGUGACUUUUGAAAAAAAGAAUGCCUAAUGAUGAUAUGCCUCACAAGUAUUGUUUCUAUGUAUGACAAACUCCUAGAUAUCUCAUCUGUUAAGUAACUUGAUAUUUUUAGUAUUAUGCAAACAAAAGGCUUAAAUGGAAAAACUCCUCUUUUGAGGAGUGUUAACUUAUUUUAGGAGAGAUUCACUGGGUUUCUUUUCUCCUAAUUAAACAAUCAAAUGAUCAUCUUUAAAAAGGUGGAAUAAUGUUGAAUUGAUGAAUUCAUAAAUUAUGUGCUAUAAUAAAAUGUAACAAUAUACUGAUAUGAACACAUUCUGACAGACUCUUUAUGAUGAUUGUGCACUAUGUUCCAGGAAGAAAUUACACUUGGUCAUGGUCAGUGAUUUCCCUGCCUAACUAAGCUUCAUGAAACACUGUCUGGAACCUCAUUUUGCCUACUGUUUGACAUGGCAUUGAAGUUAAUAAGAUUGUCCUGUUAGAGAAAAUGCAACAAAUAACUUUACAUACAUGCGCUAUGUUAAGGUUGGGACUUUUGGAAUGCAUCUGUAGUUUCCAUCUAUUCAUAUUGCAUACUGUUUUUUUAUGUAUGCACUGAGUUUCCACAUAGCUAUUGUAUUAAAUUAUCAUUCUUCAAU